UAUUCACAAACCCUCAAAAUCAUUGAAUAUAUUUUUAAAGAAACAUCUAGCAUAUACACAUCAUCUGAAACCUUGAAGCCACCACAAAUUCUUCUUGAUUCCUUGAUCAUCUAUUUAUAGCCAAAAACACUACUAGAUAUUCUUCUUAUAUACACAUACAGAGAAAGAGAGAGAGAGAGAGAUUGUGUAGGCGAUAUAUAUGGCUUCCUCGUCAGAACUGAGCUUGGAUUGCAAGCCACAAAGCUACUCUAUGCUUUUGAAAUCCUUUGGAGAAAAUUUUCAGAGCAAUCAAACCACACAAAAGCUUGAAGAUCUGCUUUCUCGCCUCGAACAAGAACGUCUCAAGAUCGAUGCCUUCAAGCGCGAGCUUCCCCUUUGCAUGCAGCUCCUUAACAACGCUGUGGAAGUUUACAAACAACAGCUAGAAGCAUAUAGAGCAAAUAGUAACAACAACAAUAACAACCAAAGUGUUGCCACAAUACCGGUUCUUGAAGAGUUCAUACCCUUGAGGAACCAAGUACCUGAAAAGGCGAAUAACAAAGGGAAUAACUGGAUGACAACUGCUCAGCUUUGGAGCCAACCCGAAACCAAACCCAAAAACAUUGAUCAAACUACUGACCAGUCUCCCAAAGACGAGCUUGCUAGUAGUCCGAGACUCAGACAUUUUGAUGCAAAACAAAGAAAUAGCGGCGGUGCUUUUCUUCCUUUCUCUAAGGAACAAUCUUUGCCCGAAUUAGCUUUGUCUACGGAAGUCAAAAGAGUCUCUCCGGCCAAUGAACAUACUAAUGACGGUAAUGAUGAGACCAUGAUCAACAAUGGUAAUAACAAUAACAAUAAUAAUCAUAACAUUACGAAUAGCAAUGGAGUUUCAUCUACAACAAAUCAAAGUAAUAGAAAAGCACGGCGUUGCUGGUCGCCGGAUUUGCACCGGAGAUUUGUCCAAGCUCUUCAAAUGCUAGGUGGUUCUCAAGUGGCUACACCAAAACAGAUAAGAGAACUUAUGAAAGUUGAUGGUUUGACCAACGAUGAAGUCAAAAGUCAUCUCCAGAAGUAUCGGCUUCACACUAGAAGACCAAGCCCAAGCCCACAAACAUCAGGUGGCCCAGGUCCACAUUUAGUGGUCCUAGGUGGCAUAUGGGUCCCACCAGAAUACACCACCGCACACGGCGGCACACCGAGUCUCUACCACCCCCAGGUCCACCACCAUCACCACUCCACUACGGCGACGCAGCCUCCACCACACUUUUGCUCUCAAGAAUUCUACACAACUCCGCCUCCACCUCAGCCGCUCCACCACCACCAAUUCCAAACGUUUAACGGUUCAUCCGGCGGUGGCACAACCUCCACAGAUUCAGCUCAUCAUCAGUCAACAGACAAUGCCGCCGAUGAAGGAAAGUCAUCGGAGAGUGGUGACGGAGAGAGAAAAGGAUUGGCUGCUCUUAGGGAAGAAGGUGAUGAUCACAGCAAUAUUAAUGGAAGUGAAAUAACUCUCAAAUUCUAAUUUAUAUUUUUUUCUUCUUCUUGAUUAAUUUACUUAGAGAGAUUGAAUCUAGGGUUAGGGUUUGUGGGUGGCUACGUGGCUAAAUUCAUUGCUUGUAUCUCUCUAUAGACUUCUCAGCAGAAAAAUGUAUCGUAGGCCAGAGGCAGCGAGUGUUUUU